CGUACGUUCCACAGGCAAUUAGUUUAAAGCUCAAUUUGCCUGCAGCCUACUUCAGUGGAAUGAUAGAAAUUUCAGGAAAAUGCCUGGAAUGGAUUAGUAGGAUCUGGCGUAAGAAGUUCAGGGAAGCAGUAGGAAAGAACUUCCUAUGCCACGUCUGUAGAUAAAUAAAGCCCCUUUCAUUGCACACGCAACCAGUGGACGUGGUCGGCCGGAGAAGCAAACGGGACCGUUUUAAUAAAUUACUACUGCCAUGCUGCCUGCUGCGUCUGGACCAGUUCCAUUCUCUCUUCUGCUUGUGCUGCUGCUGGGGGUUGGCCUCCCCAAAGCCGACGCCUCCCCCCAGCAGCUACAGCAGGGUGCCCCCUCCGCUGGCCUCGGCCACCAUGCCAGCUGGUCCAUCGGGCUGCGGCUGUACCGCGCCUUGCGUACGGGCAGCGGUGACGAUGCCCAGAAGACCAACGCUCUCUUCUCGCCUCUGAUGCUGGCCGCCUCGCUGGACGCCCUGGGUGAAGCCUCCAAGGGCGCCACCGCCGGGCAGAUCCGGGAGCUGCUGAAGCCCUCCGGCCAGAAGAGGGCAGUAGCAGCAACAACAGCAGACUUCCCCCAGGCUCUGAAGUCCACGCUGGAGGCCAACAACACGGCAUACUCCCUCCACGGCGCCUCGGCCCUCUUCACCAAGCAGGCCGCCGGGCCGGACCAGAACUUCCUGAAGAAGGCCCGCAGCGCGUCCAGAUUGGACCACGUGCCGCUAGCCACUGCAGGGGGAAGGCAGUCGGACUCGGCCGCCCUCCGCGCCUGGGUUCUGGGAGCCACCGGCGGUGUCAUGGUGGACCACCAGCCAAGCCAGGAGCCGCAGGCCCAGAGCGGAGCCCUGAUCCUGGGCAACGCGCUGAGAUUUAAAGGUCUGUGGGACCGAGGCUUUGCAGAGUCGAGCGAAGACCUGCGUAAUUUCCUAGGAGUCAAGUACACAAGAGUUCCCAUGAUGCAUCGGUCAGGUGUGUACCGUCACUACGAGGACGUGGAGAACAUGGUCCAGGUGCUGGAGGUGGGCCUGUGGGGUGGCCAGUCCAGCAUGCUGCUGCUGCUGCCCUUCCACGUAGAGGGCCUGGAGCGCCUGGACAAGCUGCUGACCCUGGAGCAGCUGCAGAGGUGGCACAGCAAACUCACCACCACCAGCAUAGCCAUGUCCCUGCCCAAGGUCAACCUCACCAGCGCCCUCAACCUGCAGGCUGCCCUGUCAUCGCUGGGCUUGGCGGACGCCUGGGACCAGGGGAAGGCCGACUUCUCCGGCCUGGGGGGGUCGAAGGGGAAGCUUCACCUGGGAGGUGUAAUGCACUGGGCGUCCCUGGAGCUGGCCCCCCAUUCAGGUCACAAAGAGGGGGAGGACGAGGAGGAGGAGGAGGAGGUGGAGAGGCCCAAGCUCUUCUACGCAGACCACUCCUUCAUCGUCAUGGUGACGGACAAGCCCACAGGAGCGCUGCUCCUCAUCGGCGCCGUGGACACGGCCGAAGGGCGCAGCCUGCACGACGAGCUUUAGGCACUGCCACCACUUACAGCAGCACACACCGCACACACAUCACUCACUCACACUCACACACACACACACUGCAGAGCUGAGGAACCGCUGCAACCGUAUACGAGCUUGGCCAAGAGCCUCAGUCACCGUGUGUCACUAAUUCACCAGCUGCUCUCGAGCCCUGGGACUGGGCGUCCCAUUCAAGUGGCCAUUACUUCCAAUAACAUUACAGUCCCUCACAGCUCACAGAUGACUGCCAGUGCCAGCACCUUCACUUGCCAUCUACACCUUGGGCCGCUCGCAGACACACCUAACUUGCUACAGCAACUGUCUGCUUAGUCGUUGGGACACCAGUAGGGUCAGAAUGUACAGUACGUAUGCAGCAGUGGGUUGAGUUGCAUGCCCACUCGAAUAUGGAACCACUCAAUCUAAAACACACACUGCCCCAUCAACUACUCAAGAUGAGAACAAUGUGAUGGUCAACAAUAGGAACACACACAGACACCGUCAAACGGUAUCAUUUCAUUUUAUUACACUGCAACCAGGGUAGGAAUUUCACGGCGGCCAC